UACGUUAUUAAAUUAAAAAGUUAAAUUAUUAUUUGAAUGUUAUUGCAAUAUUAAUUUUAAUUUUUUUUAUACAAAUCCAUCUAAAUUAUGGAUAAAAACGGGCAGUUAAUUGAAAAUGAGGAGGACAAGCUAGAAUUAUCAUUGCCUCAAAAAAGAUACUAUAGGCAAAGAGCACAUUCAAAUCCUAUUGCUGAUCAUGAUUUUGACUAUCCUAGUUGCCCCGAGGCCUAUGAUUGGUCUACGCUAUAUCCAAAUGUAAUCAAUAAUAAUUCUGAAAUUUAUAACAAGCAAGUUGAAAUUUUGGACAUUGGAUGUGGGUACGGUGGUCUUUUGAUUACCUUAUCGCCUAUGUUUCCGAAUGUUAUGAUUCUUGGAAUGGAGAUUAGAGUAAAAGUAUCUCAAUAUGUGAUAGAGAGAAUCAAAGCUUUAAGGGCUAAUAAACCAGGGUCUUUUGAUAAUAUUGCUUGUAUAAGAACAAACGCAAUAAAAUAUUUACCAAAUUUUUUUAAAAAAGGCCAGAUAAAAAAAAUGUUUUUCCUGUAUCCAGAUCCUCAUUUUAAAAAAUCUAAACAUAAAUGGAGAAUCAUCAAUGAUACCACUUUAUCCGAGUAUGCUUAUGUAUUGGCUGAAGAGGCACUAGUAUAUACAGUUACUGAUGUGAAAGAUUUACAUGACUGGAUGGUUCAACAUUUUUCCAAACAUGGUCUUUUCAAACGUGUAGAGGACAAUAAAUUGAAAGAUGAUGUUGUUAUUGAUAAACUUUAUGAAAGCUCAGAAGAAGGCAAAAAAGUGACAAGAAAUAAUGGAGAUAAAUUUUUAGCUGUAUUUAUGAGAAUAAAAAAUCCAGAUCUAUAGUACAUAUUUAUAUAUUAUAACAAAAAAUAAAAUUAUUUUUAAACCCUUUAACAA